AGGGACGCUGGCGCGCACGCGCAAGGGGUAGUCGGCGGGCAUGCAGCGCAAGUCAGCGGGGCGCGUGCUGGGCAGGCGAGCGAUGACCCAGCCCGUGCGGGAGUAGGACUGGCGGAGGCGGCUUCGCGCGCGCGACUAGGAUUAGGAAACCCCGAAGGGUGGCCCGCACGCAUAAGGCAUGAAGUAGGGCGGCCGAAUUACAUGGGAGCAAGGAUUUGGAUUGUUUGGAGUGCAAGCCAAGCAAUAUCAAGAUCUAGUCAAUUUAGGACUCUAUAUUUAUCGGCCAUUUUUGGCAACUCAUCAAGAGAUUUGUGUGCCUCAGUAAUUAGUCAGAAUGUUAUCACAUAUUCAAUAAUGUUAAAUUUUCUCAAUGUUCAGAUGCCGCCACGUAGGGAACCCGAUCAUCAGGCUCCUACUCAGGCUAAUCUAGUCGCACAGUUCCGCGACUACCACGCUGAAAAGUUCUCAGGGCAGGGAGAUCCCCGCAUUGUAGAUGAAUGGAUUCAGGGCCUGGAGUUUAUCUUUGAGGUCAUGGACUACCCCGAUAGGUAUCGCGUAAUUUGCGCUCAGCUUCAGCUCACUGGUGAUGCUAGGCUCUGGUGGAAUGCCUACUGGAGCAUGCGUCCCGGUGAAAAAGCGGGAUGUACAUGGGACAUGCUCAAGGAGCUAGUCCGCGAAAAGUACUACCCCUCCUACUAUCGGGCAGAAAUGGAGCGUCAGUUCUUAGCGCUCCAGCAGGGCACUCGUACGGUUGAUGAGUACGAGCGAGAGUUCACUAGACUUGCAGCUUUCGUACUGGACCUGGUUCGCACAGAGGCUCAGAGAGCGCCCAGCGGUUCAUCGACGGGCUUUACCCAGCAGUCC